GUCAAAACAGAUAUGCUUCUUAUUGUUGCCAUCUUAGAAGGCGUGGCAUUGAUGGUCUCUUCCUUCGUCAUCGUUAUACUUCUACCGAGGAAGGCCAAGUUGUCGAUAGUGUCGAUCAAACUUGACCCGAAUGAAAAGGAGAGGAGGGAGAAAGCACUACUGCUAAAUUUUGGUGUCAUCAAUGAGGCAACAAGUAAUUUUUCUGAGGUAUAUAAGCUCGGAGAGGGCGGAUUUGGGCCAGUUUAUAAGGGGAUUCUGAAAGAUGGACGGGAAAUAGCAGUGAAGAGGUUGUCCAGAACCUCGGGGCAGGGUGUGGUGGAGCUGGAAAACGAGGUGGCUUUCCUGGCUAAGCUUCAGCACAGAAACCUGGUGAGUCUGCUUGGAUGUUGUAUGGAAAAGGAGGAGAAGCUACUUGUCUAUGAAUUUCUUCCUAAUACAAGUCUUGACAAACACUUGUUUGAUCCGGUUUGUAAAAUGCAAUUAGACUGGGGAGCACGAUAUAAAAUCAUCGAAAUCAUCGAAGGAAUUGCUAUUGCUCAAGGUCUUCUUUAUCUCCAUGAAGAUUCACGUGUCCGAGUAAUACAUUGUGAUUUGAAGGCGAGCAACAUCUUGCUAGACAGCAAUAUGAACCCUAAAAUUUCAGACUUUGGACUGGCAAAACUCUUUGGCGUCAACGAAGCCCACACAAACACAAGUCCAAUGGCCGGCACAUAUGGAUACAUGGCACCAGAAUAUGCAUUAUGUGGGCACUUCUCCACUAAAACAGAUGUGUAUAGUUAUGGUGUUUUGGUAUUAGAGAUUGUCACUGGGCAAAGUAACAUUUGUCUUGAUGAGUCGGUGGAUUCUGUCAAUCUACUGAGCUUUGUAUGGCAAAACUGGAAAGAAGGGCAGGCACUGAAAGCUGCGGAUCAAAGCCUUGGAGAUCGAUACAUGGCAGAGCAAGUACUAAGAUGUUUACAAAUUGGGCUACUUUGCGUACAAGAAGACCCAGCGCAGAGACCGAGCAUAGCUUCUGUGGUUGUCAUGCUCAGUUCUCACUCCUUUCUGCUCCCGGACCCUCUAAUUCCAGCAUUCCAUGGAUAGCUUGCCAUUUUAUCAAUUACCAAGAUAGUUAUUUACUGGUAUGAUAAAAGAAUAGAGCUUUGUAGGCCAAAGAAAAUGAUAGAGGUUAGCUGAGGGAGUGUUUGGUUGUCAAAGUAAAUGCAUGGAAAUUAUUUUUUCUAUUUAGUUAAGUGAAUAAAAACAAUGUGUUCAAAUAUGAUA